AUGAAGUUCCCAUUUAGCAGCUGCGUGGUCCUAACGUUCAUAGGCAUCGACCCUCGAGUGGUCUCCCGCGGCGAGGUAUGGGAGAACCGGGAGGCCUUUGAACGGCUUGAGAUGGCGCGCUUUGAUGAGGACUACAUGACCGAGCUCCGCUUGAUGCAUUCGGAGCUCGUCGCCGAGGAGCGUCAGUUGCUCGAGAUGUACCAGAAGGGGCUACCAACAAGGCUGGGCCCUCCAAGCGCAGUGCAACAACUCCAGGGCUUUCAACGCGACGCUCCUGGGUGCAGCGGCCACGUCUGCCCUGUGAUCUGCACCUCACGCGCGCCUGGCCCACUGCUGCUUCUGCCACCCGUGCGCGCCUCAGACUGGGCUGCCUUGUGUCCAGGUUCCUUUGCGAAACGACUCCUUGGCGAUCGAUCGCGGCGGCGAUCGAUUCUGACCGCGCGUGGAGCACGUUCUAUUCCCUUUCCCUUUCCUGCUAGUUUCCUUUUUGGGAAAACCCACUCGACCACUCAACCGCAUCUUAUCCUAUCCCCUGCGCCUCGCCUCCCUACUCUGCCCUGCCGCUUCCCCUCCUCGCCGGCGGCUCGGCUCCUCCCUCGCGGCAGCCCACUAUCCCCGGCACCUCGCCUCCCUACUCUGCCUUGCCGCUUCCCCUCCUCGCCGGCGGCUCCUCCCUGGCGGCAGCGACCAAUACGGCGAGACGACGCGGCCGCACGAGCGGCGGCGAGGUCAGCGGUGAAUACGGCGAGGCGCCGCGUCCGCACGGGCGGCAGGGGCCAAUACGGCAAGGCGGAGCGGCCGCACAGCCGCCGCGAUGUCCAGGGGAGGAAGCGGCCAAUACAGCAAGGUGGUGUCUGUCCGGCGGCCGUACGUCCUCCUGCUUGGGCUCAACCUCCCGCUGUGCGUCCGCACCGGCAUCACCAAGCUUCCCAGCCGCGUCCGCGUCGGCUCCGAGGAUGUCCCGAUUUGGCCACCGGAGAGGAUUGGUUCGAUUGGUUCAAAGGAGUAGGACACAGAGCGUGGGCUCCGAACAUUCAGCAAAACAGGGACAUUGUGAAUUUACUAGAUUGCGACAAGUCUACACAGGGAAUAGGCCGAGUUUGGAAUGAGCAGCUUGCAGAGCUACUAUGGCCUGAGUUCUCAAAGAGGAGAUGGCAUGGAUUUAAGUACAUUAAUGUCCUUGUACGGCGGACGCCGAGACGAGCACGUGACACCAUUGCCACCCUGUCUUAG